AUGGCGCCUCAAACAUCGCGACUUCACGAACAGGCACUUCACACCUCCGCGCUCGAACUCAAGUACGAACGCAGCUGCAACCUUGUGGAAAUCAUCGCGAAAGACGAAGACCUACGCCGCUUACGCUUCGACAUACAUAUCCUGAAGGACGACAAUGACGAACUCCGCGAAUUGCUAGCACAGGAAGAGGACCGAUCGGACAACUUUGAGAAAUUGGUCACGGAACAUCUCGCACGCGCACAGUCUGCUGAGACGCGUCUGCAAGAUGUGGAGGAUGUGUUGAGGGAGAAGGAGCAGGAGGUCGGGACAUUACAUGCCGAGAGUCGCGCGUUGCAGUUGAGCGCAGCUGAUUCGGAGGCGUUUUUGACGGAGAAGCUGGCAUUGACAAGGGAAUUGUCGGUGUUGAGACCACAAUUGGAGCACCUCAAAGCACAGGCGGCAUGUACCGAGGCGUUGAUGACGGAGAAAUUGGAGCUGCAACGACAACUAUCCGACACGCAAUGUGAGAUGGAGAAUGCCCGUCGUGACGCAAAGCGCGCAAUGGCCAAGCGUCGCAACACUGGUGUGGAGAUUGCACAAGAAGAGCAAGUUGAACAAUUAAAGCGCGAGCUCGCCAAGGAGAAGCGCGCGAGACAACGUGCUGAAGAAGCUGCCGACGUCACGCAGAUGGACGUCGGUCUGGAUGAUGUUCGGAAGGAGUUGGCGAGAGAGAAGCGCGCAAGACAGAAGGCGGAGGAGGAAUUGGAGGCUGCGCAGGAAAACACCCAGGUCGAAGACGUCCGCAAAGAUUUGCUCAAGGAGAAGAAGGCCAAGCACAAGCUUGAGGCGCAGAUCGAGAGCUUACAAGCAGAGCUAGAGAAGGAGCAGAAAGCUGCCGCUCGUGCCGCUAAGCGCGCAGACGGGAAUGCGAAUGCCGAUGAUCAAGCAGCGGAAUUGCGCGAGGAGCUGGCGAAGGAGAAGAAGGAGCGUGUCAAAGCUGAAAAGGCUGUGCAAAAGGCUGCGGACGAGUAUGAGGCUCAGAGAGCGACUCUUGACGACAAGCUGGGCCAAUUCCGAACGAAAUUAAAGGCGACCAAGGAGAAGCUCAAGGAAACGGAGCAGGAACUCGCAGAAGCGCGUGAACAAGCCACCGCUAAUCGUGCCCAACCCGCGAAGAAGACCGCAAAGACCACCGCCGCGGGGAAAGCCAACCCCAAGAAACGCGGAGCCGCCGCUUUCGACGCCGAUGCUACUACCCUAGGCACACCAGGCGACGGACCCGCAGCAAAGCGCGGCCGCAAAGCCGAAGCAGGCGUAGGCAACAAGUCGACCUUUUCCAUCACGCCGUUUCUUAACAGGACAACGAGCAUACUCCCGGACGAGUCGCCUGCAGUCGACGUCGACGAGGAAGAAGUCUCCGAGAACGACAAGCCAGCUGCAUCACCUUCCGUUGCACCCACCAAGAAGACGAAACAACCCCUCGCUCCCAGCGACGCGAAUCUCCCCAUCAAACCCAAACCUCGGGCACGUAAAGCGAAAGCUCCUGCCACCCUCCUCGAGAUUGUCAAGGAGGAGACCUCCGAAGUAGACGUCCACGCUCAAGGCCAGGAGAACGCCAACGGCCCCGCAGCCGCGAAGAAAGUCGCCACCAAGACGUCUGACGGUCCGGAAGACGCGCCGAGCAAAGACCUCGUCGCGAAGAAGAAGAAACGCAAGUCCCUCGCCGACUUCCAAAAUUUCAACCUCGAGCCGGAAGUGUCGAAGAAGAAGAAGUCCGCCACGUCGACCGUCACUGGUAACACGAAGUCGAGGAAGUUGGGUGGUUUGGGCAAGACGUUGUUCGAUGAGGAGGACGAGGCGAGCGCGCCGACAAAGGGAUUGCCUGGCAGGGGGAUCUUUGCGGGCAGGUCGUUGUUGGGUGGGAAGAAGGCGGCGGGUUUGCUUGGGGGUGCUAAGGGAGGGAGAGGUGGUGUGGGCAGUUCGGUGUUGAUGACUGCGGGGGAUGGGAGUGGGUUUAUGUUUUCGCCGUUGAAGAGGAAGAGGGGUGGGUUGGAUGAUACGCUGAGAGGGUGA